CCCGCAAUCACUCUUUAAUCGACCCUCAUCUUAUCCUCAUCUUACAUUGACGACCAUGGUUCGUGGAACAGGAAAAUUCAAGCAGAAGCGAGGCGGUGGCAGGAACUUUAGCAAAGACAUGAUUCUAGAUGAGAAUGGCACUGCUGUAUCUGCCGCACGCGCUCGUAAAGAAGAGGAAGACGAGUCUUCAGAAGAGGAAGAGGAGGAGGAGGAGGAGGAGGAGGAGGAGGAAGAGGAGGAAGAAGAAGGCGAUGAGGAGGAAGACAAACCAGAGCUGAGCCGCGCUGAGCGCAAAGAACUCAAGAGGAAGCAAGCCGCCGAGAAACAGAAACAGAAAGCUGAAGCGGAGGAGGAAGAAGACGAGGACCUCAUCAACCCCAACCACGUUACCAAGAAACUCAACAUUUCCGACCUUGGUGCGCCGAGGGAGCUCAGCCGUCGUGAAAGGGAAGCCAAAGAGAAGAAGGAUGCCCAGGAUCGGUAUUGGAAGCUACAUCUCCAGGGAAAGACUGAUCAAGCAAAGGCUGAUUUGUCUCGUCUUGCAAAGAUUAGAGCGGAUCGCGAAGCUGCUCAGGCCAAGAGGAAGGCUGAGGCUGAAGCGAAGGCACAAGAGCUGGCUGCCAAGCAGAAGGCCGCUGCCGGAAGACGAUAAACGAGUUCUACAUCAGUUUUAUUGUUUUUUGGUAUUGCGAAUGCGUUGCUAUAACCCGAGGCCGAGACUCUACAAUCUGCAGUUGUGUGAAGUGCGCCAUAAGCAACAUGUGUGCUGCGCUGAACAUGUGGUUUCAACAAGAAUCAUCAUUGAUUACUGCUUAAAGCAUCGUAAGGAAUUGAACCU